CACAGCCAUUUCUGUGGGUCCACUCUCAGCAGUACACACAUCGUUCUCUGCGGUUUAAAUCGCAUCCCUACAUCUACUUCUUCCUCUCUCUCUCAGUCUCUCAGUAUUUCUGUGGUUUCAGAAUCAUCCAUGGCUACUCAAGGUCAAGUUAUCACCUGCAAAGCGGCGGUGGCCUGGGAACCCAACAAGCCCUUGGUCAUAGAAGACGUACAGGUGGCUCCGCCGCAGGCCGGCGAGGUUCGGGUCAAGAUUCUUUUCGCUGCUCUCUGCCAUACCGAUGCUUAUACUUGGGGUGGCAAGGAUCCAGAAGGUCUUUUCCCAUCUAUUCUUGGUCAUGAAGCUGCAGGGAUCGUAGAAAGUGUUGGUGAAGGUGUGACCGAUGUUAAGCCUGGUGACCAUGUCAUCCCUUGUUACCAGGCAGAAUGCGGAGAAUGCAAGUUCUGCAAAUCAGGGAAGACAAAUCUCUGUGGAAAAGUUCGUGCUGCCACUGGAGUAGGAGUCAUGCUGAAUGAUCGCACCAGCCGUUUCUCUAUAAAUGGAAAACCUAUCUAUCAUUUCAUGGGAACUUCAACAUUUAGCCAGUACACAGUUGUUCAUGAUGUUAGUGUUGCAAAGAUAGACCCAAAAGCUCCUUUGGAUAAAGUAUGCCUUCUUGGAUGUGGUGUUCCCACUGGUCUUGGAGCUGUUUGGAACACAGCAAAAGUAGAGCCGGGGUCAAUCGUGGCCAUAUUUGGCCUUGGGACUGUUGGUCUUGCUGUCGCUGAGGGUGCAAAAGCAGCUGGUGCUUCACGAAUAAUUGGCAUAGAUAUUGACAGCAAGAAAUUUGAAAUAGCAAAGAAUUUUGGUGUUACUGAAUUUGUGAAUCCAAAGGACCACGAGAAACCGAUUCAACAGGUCCUAGUUGAUCUCACAGAUGGUGGUGUUGACUAUAGUUUUGAGUGCAUUGGAAAUGUUUCAGUGAUGAGGGCUGCUCUGGAGUGUUGCCACAAGGGCUGGGGAACAUCAGUUAUAGUGGGCGUAGCAGCGUCUGGCCAAGAGAUUUCAACUCGUCCUUUUCAGCUGGUGACUGGUCGUGUCUGGAAAGGAACAGCCUUUGGGGGAUUUAAGAGCCGUUCGCAGGUGCCUUGGCUUGUAGACAAAUACUUGAAGAAGGAAAUCAAGGUCGAUGAAUACAUUACCCACAAUUUGACUCUUGCGGAGAUCAACAAGGCAUUUGAUCUGAUGCAUGAAGGGGGAUGCCUCAGGUGUGUUCUCUCAAUGGACGCGUGAAAAUUCUCUAUGGAGGCUUACUGUGGGUUUCUCAAGAAAUGGAACUUUUCUUCGCUUUCUCUUGCUUUCCCAAUGAUAGUGAAGUGAAAAUAACAUGGAUUGGUAGCUGUGCUGAUGAGUAAUGGCCGUUUUACCGAAAGAUGGCUUUUGCUAAAACUAGUUUGUACAAUUAGUAAAACGAUCUUCAGUGUUUGCUUUGUUAAGGUUGUUUAUGGUUUGAAUGUUUUUGCCGCACUAUCGUUGUUAUCCAGAUGCUAAAUGAUGGGCAUAAAACAUAUAUUAUGUACAUGGUCCUAAUAUUCUAGUUUUGAAUUGUAAACUGGUGGGAUUUUACUAUCAUAAUUCCAAUCAUUAUAAACGGCUUUAAAA